AAAUGUCUUUUUGUGUGACAAAUUUAUGUCAACUUUUUAUAUCCGUUUUGACUGUAUCAAUAUUUUUAAUUUUUGGUGUUAAUUGAUCACCAUAAAAUGAAGGCUUCUAAAGACAAUUCAAAAACGAGAUUUGGUCACCGUGAAUCUUCAAAUAAUUUUCAUAAAGUUGAUCAGACUAUAAGCAGUCCAGAGCUUGUAUUACCGAAGCUUUGGACCACUCUUAAAAAAUCGGACAAGCAUAUCGCCAUUGACCGUAUUUGGAAAUCACCGCGAGACGGUCCUUCGGCAUCGGAAUCGAAUUUAUCUGAUAAACGAGAUGAAGAAAUAAAAAAUAUAGAUCAAAUUGACAAAAGAACUUUAGCUGAAGGUGACAGUUCCAGCCCUGUAAUGCAGAAUUCUUCAAAUUCUUCGAAAAAGAGCUCUAAGAAUGUACAAGAGAGCCAAAAUUGUGAAGGAUAUAAAUAUGAGAAGUCUGGUACAUUUUGUGAAAACCAGUGUGCUUUAAAGAGAACAUGGCCUUUUUCUCCAUCGUUAGACCCUAAUGAUCCGUUGACAAGGCAAAUUCGUGACAUACAUCAUGAGACAAGAAAAAGCGCAAGGAUAAUUAAAGAUUCUAGAACAAGACUUCUUGACAUUCAGAAGAAAACGAAUCUCACUGAAGCCGAUAUAAAGGAGUUGGGCGACCGCAAUGAAUUACUUUUGCGGGAAAUGGAACGCUUUGACCGUCUUACUAAGAACAUUCAAAGGCUGGUUGGUCCUGAAAAAUAUCAAAUAAAGUCAAAAGAUUGUCAGCAAAUGGAUAACAUUCCUAAUAAAAUAUACGAGUCUUUAACUUUACACGGAAAAAAAAGGAAGGAGCCGUCUGUAAUAUUGGGUUUUCCAAAAAAUUAUACUGGUGAAAUGGAGGCCCCUACUCGAAGCAAAUCCGAAAUCGAUUUAACUCGGAAAUUGAGCGAAAGUUACGAUAUGCAAGAAAAAUUGGUAGCCGAUAAUGCGGAUUUGGAAGUAAAAAGGUACAUCCUUUACAAGGAGUUAAUGACGAAGGAUCAAAACUUGGAGACUUGUCGAGCUCAGAUCAAAAGGCUUCAAGGCGAACUAAAAUUAAUGAACAAAGAGAAUGUUAUGCUUCAUGAGAGAUUAAAUAGAAAUAAUCCAGAGGGCGAUGCCACUUCAAUGAACAUCUCUUGUGAUCAAGACUCAGAUGUAAGUAAUCAGGAAGAUGAAAGAAUUCCAGUAAAGGACGCCGAAGAAUUGCUUAUAAAAUUAAACAAUUACAAUAAUACAACGGUUGAUAUUGAAAAGCAACUUGUUGAUUUGGAAUUGGAAGUACGUAAUAUAAGAAUAGAAAUGGCUGACGUUAAAGCGGCUGCUGGUAGCGCUUGCCGUGGUGGCGGGGGUCAGAAUACAUGCUUUGAACAACCGGGUGGAGGGCCGCCGGUCCCUCCUAUGACGAGAGCUUGUGGAGUUUGCCCGCCAUGUCCAGCACCAUGCAAUCCCAAUGCACCUCCGACGCCAGCCGAAAGAGAAGUGCAGAAGCUUACUUUACAGUUACGACAAACGGAAGAAAAUUUUAAGACUAAAGUGACUGAGUGCGCGAUGUUGAGAACAGAAUUACUUAAAAAGAAGGAAGAAUUGGAGAAGGAACGAUGUCAACAUCGGGAAGUUCAAAAUAAGCUUCGUGAAUUAGAAAUGAAAUUUGAAGGUCUCACUACCCACACAAAUAUGUUAUUGGGGACAAAAGAACAGGCUUUCGAGCAAGAAGUUAAUGUAAGGGCCUUGAAGCAAUGUUACCGUGAAGCUAGGGAAGAAAUUGAUGAACUUCGGACUUUAAUGAAAGAACAGAACAAUCAGUUGCAAGAUUACAGAGUUAAGUACCUCCAAGCUCAACAACUAGUUGAAGAACAACGUAGGCAGAUGGACAUGAUGGAUAUGGACAACACCAGAAUAAGUGAACAAAUAAAUCUUGAGAUUCAACGUGUGAAGCUCAAAUUUCAAGAAAAGUUGCAAGAACUGGCCCCCAUCCCUGAUUUAUUGAAAGCAACGCAGUUGAAGUUGAAAGAUGCUCAACAAUCGCAAGCUAUAGCAGAGCAUAAUGCUGAACAACUAGCCAGGGAGUUAAAUUCAGCAAGAGAAAAGGUUCAUGUGCUUUUACACAAUAGCUUAAAACCACCAGAGAAGGGUCCUGAACGUGGUGCUGAUGAGAAACAAAUGGCGCUGUUGCAACAAAGAAUAGCACAAUUAACUGAAAUGAAUAUGAGUCUUAAAAAUGAAAUUGAACGUCUCAAGUCUAACGUAAUACGAAUGGAAGAAUCGGUACUGGCGAAUGAAAAGCGUCUCCAAGAGAAAAUGCAUGAGUGCGCUCAGAUUGGCGGUGAAUUGGACCGAGCGCGUGACGAGGCAGCUAGAGCAUUGCAACGAGCCAACGAACGUACUGAGACCUUGCGCAAAUGCAUGCAGACUACAAUAGGUGAACUAGAAAGACAGCUGGCUGCAACGAGAGCACAAGUGAAAACAGCAGAAAAAGAAAGAGAAGAAUUGCAAUGUCGCAUGCAGUGCCAGAUAAAGAGGUUGAAUGAAAACUUUGAACAGGCGCAAUUACGUGUGCUUGGUUUGCAGACACAGGUUCAGACUCUCAGGCGAACUGUAUCUAGUACUGGGGAUGGUGAGGGCGAUGGAGAGGAUCAACAGGAAUGUGCAUGCAAAAGCUUUUUCGAUAAUCCAUAGAACAGUCCAAAGAUGAUAUAUAUCGAAUAUAUAUAAUAUAUACCCACAUUAUCUAAGUCAUGUACUAUUAAAAAUGUAUUUUUAUCAACUAUAAAUCUUUGGUAUAGAAUGAUUUCUGGGAUGCGCGCUUAUAAGCGUGGCACAUUUCGCUUUAAAGAUAUGAACGAGCAAGUAGAUAUAGUUACGCACUUUUAUUUCUUGUAAAGUUUUCUCAUUUAAGUCUUUUGUUUUGAUAAAUUUAUUGCGAAAAUUUUCGAUUCAAGUUCAAUCGUCAGUUAAUGUCCAUCUGUCAUAAUUAUGAAGUACAAAAGAGUUUUGUUACUGAGUAGCGCCGCCUUUUGUUACAAAGGGUCACUGUUAUCAUUCAUUGAUCUUUCUGUCUUCUGAUAACAAUAUUCUU